AUAGAGCCCCCAAUGCACCGAUGUACUUUGUUUUUUUGUUGUUGACGGUUCACCUCCUCAAAUAACCUCCUCAUCCUACCCUUUCCGUUUCUUGUAUUGUUUCACUCUCAGUCCGCAGACCGCGAAACAUGGCGAGCUCCGUUUUCGCCUUCAACCCCUUAACAGGGCGGAGAGCGCGCGAACCAGUAACCCCAAUCGCACCCAAAUCACGCUUAAGUUCGAAUUUCCGAAACUCACACUCUGUAAAGUUCAAAUGCGAGCACUCGUGCUUUGAAGUUAGCAAUGUUAGCUACCAACCGCCAGGGACCGAGCUUAGCCUUUUAAAUUCUGUUAGUUUUUCACUUCCGGAGAAAAGCUUUGGCUUAAUUUUUGGACGGAGUGGUAGUGGAAAGACUACUCUUGUGCAGCUUCUUGCAGGGAUAAGCAAACCAACUUCAGGUUCAAUUUACAUUCAAAAAUAUGGAAAUGAUGGCAAUCCAGUUCAGUCUCCUGAACCCUUAUCCUCAGGAAGAGUUGGCAUUGUAUUUCAGUUUCCAGAGAGGUAUUUUGUCGCAGAUAAUGUUCUUGAUGAAGUUACAUUUGGGUGGCCAAGACAAAAGGGUGAUCUUCAAAUGAAGGAGCAUCUUGCUCUAAGACUCCAACGAGCAAUCAAUUGGGUUGGUUUAAGUGGGAUCUCAUUGGAUAGAGAUCCUCACUCCCUUAGUGGUGGCUACAAACGUCGGCUUGCCUUGGCAAUUCAAUUAGUGCAAGUCCCUGAUUUAUUGAUAUUGGAUGAACCUCUUGCUGGUCUUGAUUGGAAGGCACGUGCUGAUGUUGUAAAGCUUCUAAAGCAUCUAAAGAAAGAAUUGACUAUACUUGUUGUCAGCCAUGAUCUCAAAGAGUUAGCAGCUAUAGUUGAUCGAUCUUGGAGGAUGGAGAUGGGUGGGUUUCUUAGGGAAGAGCUUCUACCGAUUUGAUUUCAGCAAGAUGGUGCUGCCUCAACAUGGCAUGCUGUGAGAAUUUAUGCAUGCAAAGGACUUGUUGGGCAGAAUUCCGAAGGCAGAAUAGGGCAAGUAAAAAAUUACGAAGGUGCAAGCAAAUGCGGAAUUUGACAACAAGUGGAACUGGCAUAGCAUCUUUGUUUGUUUCUGUUGUUUGUUUUUGUUUUGGUUUUGGUUUCCUUUUUGCAUGAAAUGAUGUUGAAGAGGAAGAGUGGUGAAGGAGUCACCCUCUACUCUAUAAUUGCGAUCAUGAUGAAUUAAUUAAUUAAUUGAGACAAGAUCUAUCAAAAUUCCAACCAAUAGGGAGAUCUCUCUCCUCAAAUCGGGUGCUUGGAUUGGGGGUAUCCUAAUUCUUUGCUAACCAACGAAGAGCUAGAAUAUGAAAGAGUUGCCACUUUUGGUCGUGGAAGACUAAAGACAAAGAGAAGAGAAUCACUCACCAUCCAUGACACCUUCCAUAUACCACCACAACAAACGCAAACUCAGCAAAAUUCUCGGCAGGAGGAUCCACCACAAGCAUCCAUGAC